CUUGAAGUCAGUAGCCAUGGCCUGCCUGACCCAGAGGGCAGCCAGCAACAGUGCAGAGCAUACUGAGAUGGACCUGAAGUGGAAUACUAGCAGGGUUUCUCAUCCAGACUCAGCUGCAGACCAGGUGACUGAUUUGAGUUGGCGAGGCAACCUAAAUCCCAGUCCACUGAUUAAAGAUGAUGGAGAGCUACUUGUGGAUGAAUACCUUUCCCCCAGGAAACUGAAAAUUUUGACAGGGGUAAAUGAUCUGCAGCAAGUGAAUUCCCUAAAGGUGCGAGUAGAUACAAGAGAGAACAGCUUGGGGAACUUUGGUGCCUAUCUACCUAAUCUGAGAGAACUGCAGUUGAACAAUAGCUUGCUUAUGUCUGUGAGGGACCUUGGAACCACAUUGUCGCAUCUCUACAUCCUGUGGAUGGCUCACUGUGAGCUCACAGAUUUAGAUGGGAUCUCUUCCUGCAGCUCUCUGAGAGAACUCUACAUAGCCUAUAACAAUAUCUCCGACCUGAGCCAGCUGCCCUGGCUGGAUCACCUUGAGGUUUUGGACCUGGAAGGGAACAAUAUUGAGGACAUCAACCAGAUGCAGUACCUGGGACUUUGUUGCAAGUUGAGCCGCCUGACAGUGGAGGGCAACCCUAUCUGUCUGAAGCCAAAUGCAGAAUCUGCACAGGAACCAGAUUAUAAUUACAGAGCUGAAGUAAAAAAACUGAUUCCCCACUUGGAAUAUUUGGAUGAAAUACCAGCAAGCCAGACUGCUCUCCUUCCUCCCAAUAGGAUGCAUGAGGACUGGCUUAUCAUCAAGGAAUCCAUCAAGGAAGGUGGUUUAGCUGGAGACAUUUCAUGGUUAGCUCCAGGUGUGCAGCAGCAGUCCCCAUAUUGGCAGUGUACGGUGAUGGUGUGGUUUGAAGCCUUGAAUGACUGUGCUUACUCUAGCAAAAUCUCUGUCUUAGAUCCAUGUCUUAGUCCAGCUUCCAGACCUGGCACUGUGCAGUCAUCUGCUCAUGCAGGGAGAUCUAGCAGUGCCUGCCUCUUACAUGGUGGCUGUCCUCUUCCAGAUCCCACUGUUUCUGAUGAGCUGUUCACAGAAGACGACUCCAGUGAUUUGAUACAUGGACUCAGUCAAGUUAUGUGUGGGAGCCACACCGAGGCUCUUUGUGCAAGGAGGCAAAAGCUAGGUCUUGCUCUCUUCUGCAGCACAAAAGCCCCCCAAGAUGCAAUUGACCUUGAGGAGGACAGAGCCUCUUGCCCUAAGCAUCAUUUGAUGCCUUCUAAAAUCCACAAUCUAGAAGCAGAGCUGGAGAGAGCUCCUGAGGUUAUCAAAAUAAUUUCUGUCAUUUUCCAGCCACCUGCAGUGAGCCCUUUGAAACUCCGUGGUCUGAGGACAGAAAAGCUUUACAGCUCUGAAGGAGGAGGAAGUCUGCACCAGGAAGAUGUGCUCUCUGAACUGAGCGCCAAGAGAGAGCAGCAAAAGAGGUGCCUGCAUAGAGGACAGCAAGAAAAAGUCACCCAAGCACUGAGGAUAACUCUUAGUGAUGAGGAAGAGGGUGAAGACUUCAGCCUGACUGACAGUUAUGAAGGUGAGACCUCUGAUAAGGACCUCAUUGAAAGGAUUUCACUUGAUUCUCCUUGCCACUCCUGCCUCUCCCAGUCUUCCUCAGGUUCAUCACAGGAUCAGGAAGGUGCAGUGUUCUCCAACCCAAACCACUGCCUAAUUCCAUCUCCUCCAAAAACCCCUUCACCUGCAUCUGUAACAGGUGUUGCAGCAAGAUCCUGGAAAAAAAGGAACCACAGGAUAAGAUGCCUAAAAACACCCAGCCAAGAGGACAGGCAGUGGGUACAGCAAUGCCAGCCAAGAGCUCAUCAAGAAAAUUCAGCCCAGCCUCAGGGCACGAAAUUUGCUCUUCUGAGCCAGCACAGCAUGCUGGCUGCCUCUGGAUCUCCAGGGCAGCACCAGCCUGCUGGGAGCACUGGCCAGCAGAGGCCUACUUCAAUACCAACAGCUGCUGGAUCAACAAGCAUCAGACCCAUCGUGGAUGAAAGCCUUCCAGGAGAGAUCAACCACCACCAGCCAGCUGUCUGCUCAUCCACAAAAGCCCCACAGAGGUCUGGACUGAUGAACACUGCUUGGCCCCUGACUGCCAGGGCCAUGCUGCAGCCAUUGCCACACAGACCCACUUCCUCAACAUCUCAGAAGAGAAGUCCACAGUCAUAGAAUGUACCUAGGUGGCGAUAUGUGUUGGAUCUACAUACACAGCAGAGUCUUGAAGGAUUCAUGCUAUCUUCUUUCAGCUUCUUCUACAAGCUAAAUGUAGAGCUGUGCAAGUAGAGCAGUUCAAACAAAUGACAUGAUUUGCCUCAAUUAAGGCUACAGCUGGUCCAGAACUGCUUUCUUCAAAGAGCACCUGCUGAUCAACAGAAGAGCUAAUAAACCUCUUAUUAUAGACAAACAUGGUUAUUUUUGCAGUCUUCAUGCACUAAAACUGAGCAAGUCCUAGUGUAUUUCCUCUCAUGCACACUAUGCUCUACUCUGUGAGUCAGGCAGGGACACUGAACCAAGCAGAGCAUGGAGCUUGCAGUUUGUGGAGUGGGCUGGAGGAGGUGAGGGACAGAGCGUUCCCUCUCACUCCUAUCCCCUUGAUCUAGCAGCAGCCCACAAUGCAUCUUAUGCAGCCCUGGAUGUUUAACAUGUAAGGGACAAGCCAGUGGCUUGAGAGGAAGCAAUGUCUGGAGCGGGUUGUAAGGGGAGCAUGUGUGGCCUGAGGAAGAGCCCAGGAAGGUCACGUUUUGUCAGAGCUUAUGCUCUCCCAGGAGCUCACCCGUCCACAGGCAUCUGAGGAUCUUGUUGCCUACAUUGUUAUGGGAGACAAUGCUAACAAAGUGGCUUGCAAUAUUAACAUGUUUGUUUGCUUCAUAGCUACCUGGAAGGCUUUAUCUUGUUUCCUAUGGAUAGAGGCAUACUGGAAUGUCAUUAGCAUGUAAGCAGGUGUCAGGAGCAUCCUCUGCAGGUGCCUUUAGUGUCAAGCAUCCCAUCUCUAGCUUUUUAGACCAAAUAGACUUUCUAAUUUCAUAUGACUGAAUAAUUUUAAGUAAUGCUGCCACAAAGACAAGGCAGGGAAGUAAGGGGAAAAUCCUUUUUUUUUUUUUCAAUAGGGCAUUUGUUUUAAAUUUGAGUGAGAUUCAAACCAUUGGUUUGAGUGACUGCAGACUGAGAUGCUGAUCCAAAUGACUGCCUUAAAACUUCAUUGAUGUUGCAGUCUGAAACCAUGCAUCAUUGCAUUUUCCAGUUUAAAUUACUAUGUUAGAGAUAUAUUUUUUAAUUGGUUGAUAAACACUGAUUACAUGGUAGGUUAA